CAGCAGCAGCAGCGCGCGCCUCCCCUCCCCGCGCGCGCGCGCGGCCACGCCCACGCACGCACACGCACACGCCAAGGUAGCAAAGCGACCGAGAAGGAGGGGGAGAGACCGGCGGAGGCAGCCGGCGCCAUGGCGUCCAUGACGCUGGAGGACGUGAAGAACGAGACGGUGGACCUGGAGACCAUCCCGGUGCCGGAGGUCUUCAGCCACCUCAAGUGCAGCAAGCAGGGGCUGAGCGGCACCGAGGCGCAGAACCGGCUCGCCAUCUUCGGGCCCAACAAGCUGGAGGAGAAGACGGAGAACAAGCUGCUCAAGUUCCUCGGCUUCAUGUGGAACCCGCUGUCCUGGGUCAUGGAGGCCGCCGCCAUCAUGGCCAUCGUGCUCGCCAACGGCGGCGGCAAGCCCCCCGACUGGCAGGACUUCGUCGGCAUCGUCACCCUGCUCUUCAUCAACUCCACCAUCAGCUUCAUCGAGGAGAACAACGCCGGCAACGCCGCUGCCGCCCUCAUGGCCGGCCUCGCCCCCAAAACCAAGUGUCUGAGGGACGGCAAGUGGAGCGAGAUGGACGCCUCCUUCCUCGUACCCGGCGACAUUAUCAGCAUCAAGCUCGGGGACAUCAUCCCCGCCGACGCCAGGCUGCUCGAGGGCGACCCGCUCAAGGUCGACCAGGCCGCGCUCACCGGCGAGUCCAUGCCCGUGAACAAGCACUCCGGCCAGGGGGUUUUCUCCGGGUCGACGGUGAAGCAGGGCGAGAUCGAGGCCGUCGUCAUCGCCACCGGCGUGCACACCUUCUUCGGCAAGGCGGCGCACCUCGUCGACAGCACCAACAACGUCGGUCACUUCCAGCAGGUGCUCACCGCCAUCGGCAACUUCUGCAUCAUCUCCAUCGCCGCCGGGAUGCUGGUGGAGGUUGUCGUCAUGUACCCGAUCCAGCACCGCGCCUACCGCGACGGCAUCGACAACCUGCUCGUGCUCCUCAUCGGCGGCAUCCCCAUCGCCAUGCCCACCGUGCUCUCCGUCACCAUGGCCAUCGGCUCCCACCGGCUGUCCCAGCAGGGCGCCAUCACCAAGCGCAUGACCGCCAUCGAGGAGAUGGCCGGCAUGGACGUGCUGUGCAGCGACAAGACGGGCACGCUCACGCUCAACAAGCUCACCGUCGACAAGACGCUCAUCGAGGUGUACGGCAGAGGGAUAGACAAGGACACGGUGCUCCUCUACGCCGCCAGGGCGUCCCGCGUGGAGAACCAGGACGCCAUCGACACAUGCAUCGUCGGCAUGCUGGCCGACCCCAAGGAGGCCCGCGCCGGCAUCCAGGAGGUGCACUUCCUCCCCUUCAACCCCGUGGAGAAGCGCACGGCCAUCACCUACAUCGACGGCAACGGCGACUGGCACCGGAUCAGCAAGGGCGCGCCGGAGCAGAUCAUCGAGCUGUGCAGGAUGCCCAAGGAGGCCGAGAAGAGGGUCCACGGCCUGAUCGACCAGUACGCCGACCGGGGGCUGCGGUCGCUGGGCGUGUCGUACCAGCCGGUGCCGGCCAAGAACAAGGACAGCCCCGGCGAGCCGUGGCAGUUCGUGGGGCUGCUGCCGCUGUUCGACCCGCCCCGGCACGACAGCGCGGAGACGAUCCGGCGCGCGCUGCACCUGGGCGUGAACGUGAAGAUGAUCACCGGCGACCAGCUGGCCAUCGGCAAGGAGACGGCGCGGCGGCUGGGCAUGGGCACCAACAUGUACCCUUCCACGACGCUGCUGGGCGACAAGAGCACGGAGAUGAGCGGGCUCCCCAUCGACGAGCUGAUCGAGAAGGCGGACGGGUUCGCCGGGGUGUUCCCGGAGCACAAGUACGAGAUCGUGAAGCGGCUGCAGGACCGGAAGCACAUCUGCGGCAUGACCGGGGACGGCGUGAACGACGCGCCGGCGCUGAAGAAGGCGGACAUCGGGAUCGCGGUGGACGACGCGACGGACGCGGCGCGGUCGGCGUCGGACAUCGUGCUGACGGAGCCCGGGCUGAGCGUGAUCGUGAGCGCGGUGCUCACCAGCCGCGCAAUCUUCCAGCGGAUGAAGAACUACACCAUCUACGCCGUGUCCAUCACCAUCCGGAUCGUGGUCGGGUUCAUGCUGGUGGCGCUGCUGUGGAAGUUCGACUUUGCGCCCUUCAUGGUGCUCAUCAUCGCCAUCCUCAACGACGGCACCAUCAUGACCAUCUCCAAGGACCGCGUCAAGCCGUCGCCCACCCCCGACUCGUGGAAGCUCAAGGAGAUCUUCGCCACCGGCGUCGUCCUCGGCACCUACAUGGCCCUCGUCACCGUGCUCUUCUUCUACCUCGCCCACGACACCGAGUUCUUCCCGGAGACGUUCGGGGUGAGGUCGAUCCGGGAGAACGAGAAGGAGAUGAUGGCGGCGCUGUACCUGCAGGUGAGCAUCAUCAGCCAGGCGCUCAUCUUCGUGACGCGGUCGCGGAGCUGGUCGUUCGUGGAGCGGCCGGGGGCGCUGCUGGUGAUCGCCUUCUUCGUGGCGCAGCUGCUGGCGACGUGCAUCGCCGUGUACGCCAACUGGGAGUUCUGCAAGAUGCAGGGGAUCGGGUGGGGGUGGGGGCUCUCCAUCUGGGCCUUCACCGUCGUCACCUACAUCCCGCUCGACAUCCUCAAGUUCAUCAUCCGCUACGCCCUCAGCGGCAGGGCCUGGAACAACAUCAACAACAAGACGGCCUUCACCAACAAGAACGACUACGGCAAGGUGGAGAGGGAGGCGCAGUGGGCGACGGCGCAGAGGACGCUGCACGGCCUCAACCAGGGCAGCAACAACUCCGACCUCUUCGCCGACAACAAUGGCUACCGCGAGCUCUCGGAGAUCGCCGAGCAGGCCGCCAAGCGGGCGGAGGUGGCCAGGCUCAGGGAGCUGCACACGCUCAAGGGCCACGUCGAGUCGGUCGUCAAGCUCAAGGGGCUCGACAUUGAGACAAUAAACCAGAGCUACACGGUAUGAUCAUCGACGACGACCAACCUCGUCAACGGCGAUAGACAGGACAGGCAGCAAUAUCUACACCUUAAGUUUUUUUUUUUGCCCCCCUCUGCCUCCCGCCGAGAGGCGGAAGGCUUGGAGCGGGGAAGAUUGGUUCAGAUUUUCUCAGGGUUGUUAUUUUUCUAACCUAGAUGUUAAGAAGUUGUUGGUUAUAUUUGUAUUUUGCAGUGGGGAGGGGGAAGAAGAGUGCCCUCUCUUCAGUAUGUAUAGGAGUACGGUUUUGGGUUCUUCUUUUGCUUGUAAUCUGUAAGCUCUUCGAUCUUGUUGCACAGCCAAUGUUAGCUUGUUAUGUGAAAUAAACACUCAUUCAUACAAAGAAAGCCAAACUUGUACACUAGCAAUUUCAUCAAUAAAUAAUAAGGGAUCGACCACGCUCCUGGGGCGAUGUUCACCAGACCGCGGAGAUGAAAUUGCUUCGAAAUUGCUAGUAAACAGACUAGCCACAGAGCUAUCUAAAAGAACUCACAGAGGUCCAGAGAAAGCAAAUUUGCAACUCGGCUAAGCAUGCGCCGCUCACCGGACUGACAGUGAAACCAAGCAGCAUAUGCUGUACUAACACAGACAUGGCCUGUCCACUAACCACACAAGAAGGCCAAUGAAGUAAUGAUGACGGAUGAUUCUUAAUAGAAGAGCUCAAGAUGAAGGUUGGCAUUCACUUAACAAUCACAAUUAUGAACAGACAACAAUCAUGAACGAGCAAACCAAGGACACUUAAACAAUGCAAUACCAUACAUAUAAGCAGAUGAAUGCUCAGUAUAGGUAAGCAGGAACCCUAAACAAAAUCAGUUCGCUCCACGAAUGCUCAGAAAUAAGCACACGAAUUUGCAACAAUCCUCCAGCACCAUGAAGACCAUAUUUAAGAUACUAGCUAAUAACACUAUAAUUCAUAUUUUUGGUCACCAGCUGUAGGCACCAGGUUAGGAUUUCAAAACAGAACAUUCCACAAGGGAGGAUGUAGUUUGUACUGACUAGAGAAAGGCACGGCACUACGGCACAUUUGUCAAUGUGACAUUUCUCAGCAAAACAAAAACAAACCAACGUGACAUUUUAGUGUACGAAUUACUGGGCAUAGUAUUUAUAGUGGGGGUAGGGAAUUGAGUUGAUAACAUUCAAGUGAAAGCAUGGAUAAAACUAAAAGUUAACUCAAAACUGUAUAGCACACUCUGUAUCUACAGCAUGGCUAUACAGUACAUUCAGACUUGACAUGUAAACAGGAUACAAGACCUGGCCCUACUCAAAAUAUACUCCUCCCUUCCUAAAUAUGUGUCUUUACUCCCUCCGUUCCUAAAUAUGAGUCUUUUAGACGAUUCCACUAAUGGACUACAUGCGGAACAAAAUGAAUGAAUCCACAUUCUAAAGUAUGUCUAUAUACAUCUGCAUUUAGUCCCCUAAUGGAACCUCUAAAAAGACUUAUAUUUUGAAACGGAGGGAGUAUAAGCUAACUACUGUAAACACAUGCUGGUAUGGUAACCAAUCAUGCCAAAACAUGUAGGACAUGAAAUACUUGAGCCAGUUUCAGUACAAAUCAAUAAAACAAUCAUUAAAUCCAAUCUCUCUCACUCUCUAGGUAGGCUACCACAACAUAUCUCCAGAAAAAACACUACAACUACACAAACAUCAACUACGUACUACAAUUACUAUGCCCUUUGACCACUACAAUGGCACAAUACAAACAGAGGAACACAGAAAUAACCAGCAUCAGCACAACAUAGUUGACCACAUGGACCAAAAUUAAGUCAUGGAGACAAUUUAACAAGGGAGAGAUAUAGCAAAGGUUCUUUACUUGGCACAGCAUGGUAACAUCGGUACACCAGAGUACAAGCAAACCCUCUCAACAUGACGAAAUUCAUAACAAAAA